ACCGUUCGAAGUUUCUCGCCCGGACCAGUCAUCCGAGCACAAUCAGCGGUACAGCAGCAGCAGCCGGUGAACAUGGCCGAUAUAACGUACACCGGUGUGGACAACGAGGUAUCGGACAUUCUGAACAAAUGUUUCGUCACGAGCUUCCGGAACGGGUACAUCAAAGCCAACGGCGUCGUGAUGCCUGUGUACUUCGAGAAGUUCGGACAACGCAUCCAGGACAUGGACGUCAGGGACGACGACAUAUGGGUGUGCAGCUAUCCGAAAACGGGAACCACGUGGUGUCAGGAGAUGGUAUGGUGCAUUGCCAAUGAUUUGGACUUUGAAGGAGCCAAACAAUUUCUGCCCGAAAGAUUUCCAUUCUUAGAUCACACGCCUCUGUUUGACUAUGAAAAAGUGUUGCCGGAAAAACCGGACCUUAAACUCCCGUUGUACGUGUCCGAUUCAAUAGAAUACAUCAGCACAAUGAAAUCGCCAAGAUUUAUCAAGACCCAUCUACCUUUUAAGCUUUUGCCCAAACAACUUAGAGAUGGAUCAACUAAAGCCAAAAUUGUGUACGUAUCCAGAAAUGCCAAAGACACAUGUCUUUCAUACUUCCAUCACAGUCGCCUGUUAGAAGGCUAUACGGGGAAUUUCGAUGAUUUUUGUAAAUUAUUUACCUCCGAUUCCCUCUGUUUUAGUCCAUUUUUCGAACAUAUACUUGGUUACUGGGAUCGGAAAGACGAUUCGAAGUUGCUCUUCUUGAAAUACGAAGAUAUGAAAAAGGACUUACGUUCAGUGAUUCGUCAAACGGCCAAGUUUUUGAACAAAGAAUUGCUCGAUGACCAAGUAUUAGUUUUAGAGGAUCAUUUGAGCUUUGAAAGCAUGAAAAACAACAGAGCUGUGAAUUACGAACCAGUAAUUGAGAUCAAUAAAACUCACAAUUUAAUCGAUGCAGACGGGACUUUUAUGAGGAGUGGUACAGUUGGGGGAGGCAAACAAAAAAUGUCACCAGAGUUCGUAAAAAUUUUUGACGAUUGGGAAGAAAAAUGUUUAGAAAAAUGUUCGUUGAAGUUUUAAAAUAAGAUGAAUGAAACAGAAUAAAUAAAAACAUAGUUUUAGCUAAAAACAAUAAAUUAUUACAUAGUUAGUAGUUAUUAACAUAUUGCUUGCGAUUUAUAAUUAAAUUAUAAUAAAUUAAAAUUGAUAAUUCA